CCGUCACGCCGUGGCACCUGCUGCACCCUACGCCCAGCGCUGCGGUACAUGUGUUUUCCGCACCGUGGCACUACACCCGCGUCGUGACACUACAUCCGCGCCGCAGUCAUGUGUUUUCCGCGCCGUGACACUACCUCCGUGCCGCGGCAUAUGUGUUUUCCGCGCUCGUGAUGAUUUCUCGCGCCGUGGCUCGUGUGUAAUAUAUAUAUAUAUAUAUAUAUUGAGAUCGAGAUUGCAAUAUGAGACAUCUCUCGACCAGGGUCAAACCCCUCGGGCCCGAGAAAACACAAAAAACUUAACUCUUCCCCUUCUUUUUCGUUCUUCUUCUCCAUCGUUUUCCUUCUUUUGUUGUGGACCCCCACCCGCACCCUUGCACUUCAAUGAGCUCGGGGAUGACUCUUUGGACUACAAUGUCAAGCUUGACCUUAUCCUCAAUUGGAUGAUGGCCCGAGUGAACCGAGAAGGAGAGAUUGAGCUCGGAUGUGCUCGACUGAGUGCACAAAUGGAUAGCCUCACUGCACGUCUCGACUCUAUCGAGGCAAAAGUCGACGACCCCCACUUCAUACUUGAUACUCAAGCCCGCACGAUGAAGCAAAUGUGUGAGGCCGAAGAAGAAGAUGAUGAGCUCCAGCGAGACAUUGUUGAUAUUUCAGAGGAGGAGAUCCAUGGGCUUGAUUCUCAAGUCCAUCCUCCCACCUCCGAGUUAGAGCACCCGUCUUCGAGGCCCUUACAUUGUGUUACAAAGUUAGGAGGAUUCAGUUCGACUUGCUCCACUGAUGAGCUUAUAAAUUUAGAGGUUGACGACAAAGCUCGAGUGGGAAAAGCUCUGCGUCUAGAGUUAGGGAUUGCUCGUGCUCGAACCCACUUCAUCCGAAACAUCGCCACCCGAAUCCACUGCCGAGCCCCCGCCGCGGCAGUGCCACGACAUCGACAGAGCGCCCAAGAUCAUCCUCCACGCCGCGGCACCGCCCGCCCCCACGCCGCGCCAGAAGACUCCCUCACGCUGCGCCAUAAUCCAUGCCCGCGGUACCAUCCAGCGUCGCGUCGCGGCACCUGCUGCACUCUACGCCCAGCACCGCGCUCGCGAUACUCCCCGCGUCGUGGCAGAUGGCCUCUCCGCGCCGUGACACUACUUCCGUGCCAAGGCACAUGUGUUUUCCGCGCCCGUGAUGAUUUCUCGUGCCGUGGCUCGUGUGUAAUAUAUAUAUUGAGAUCGAGAUCGCAAUAUGGGACAUCUCUCCACCAGGAGGUGGCCAACCCCGACGAUGAGGAAGCUGAGGUCGAGGAGAAACUACACCAGGAAGAGGAGAUUGAAGCACUCCAUGAGGAGCCUGAGAUCUCGAUGCAUGCAAUGGCUGGAAUCAGAGGACCAAGGACGAUGCGUCUACCAGCAUGGGUCAAGGACCGUUGUGUAGUCGUGCUCGUAGACAACGGUUCGUCUCAUAACUUCAUCAAUACUGAUCUGUCUGAAAAGCUGAAGUUGCCAACCACAAAAAUCGAGCCCUUUGAAGUUCGAGUAGCCAAUAGAGAAAGGCUACAAUGUACUGAGUCAUUCCGGAAGGUGCCAAUCAAGUAUAACGGGGUUACUGUGAAGGUCGAUCUGUACGCCUUACCUUUAGUUGGACCGGAAGUCGUUCUGGGGAUGCAAUGGCUCAAGGGGUUAGGCAGGGUGACUACUGACUAUCGAACAGGGAUUAUGGAAUUCAACUCUGGAGGUCGACAAGUCACUCUGA